AUGCUGUCCUUCCGAAAUAUUUUGGAGAAGACGUUUGGCAAUCCGUUCCCGGAAACUUCCCCUGCCUUGACUCCCCUUGAGUGCAUGGUUUUUGAUGAGAACUCCCUCGAACACCUUCUCAGCCGAUCGAUCUCCCCAGCCGUCACAGAAGCUCUUGGCAAAGCAUUUGAGAUCUGUUAUGGGCAUAAUACUACUGAAGCCAUAGCAAUGACUCGAGGUGGACGUGCACGAAAGACCGAUUGCCCCGGAGACCCGGCAAAAUUUCCCGAUUGGGCGGGAGUAAUCCCGUGUCAAAAUUCCCCUGGUUUCGAAAACCGCUGCCCUGGAGAUACCAAACUCUCAACAAAAUGGAAAUCUGUUGACAGUAGACAUGAACAAAAGUUCUUUUGGCCUCUUUGGCAAGUUUGCUACUAUUGCACCGAAGAUUGGACGACACGAUACGGGUACCUGAUUACUCAGGAGGAACUAGUGGUCCUGCGCUUUUAUACCCGCGACAGAAUUGAUCCUGGGUUAGCACAAACGCGAGGUGUUCGUUCGCGACCCACCCCUUCGCCUCCGCGGCAUCAAAGACUAUCAAUUUCAACGGUCAUUUCUGACACUAGCACCAUGUCUCUUGACUCUUCACCGCCCCGCAUACUGUCCCAGUCAUCUUCUACCACUGAGAGUCAGGCCCCGCCGCCUUCUUCGUCUUUCCACGCUGAAAGUACUGAUGGAGAGACCAGACUGGUGGAAAUGAAAAGCAUCCCUUGGGACGAUCAUGGACCUAAUAAACUUACAAUUGAGCUUGCUUUGUGGUGGAUUCACAUGUUAGCUGCUGCACCUAAUAGUAGCAUCACUCUUGAGGAGACAUAUCCAAGUCUUGUCUAUCAGCACGUCCCUAGGGGCCCAUCAACUCCACAGCGAAAUAGGAGAGAAGGGCAUAACUCUAGCCCAUUGUCAUCUCCUAUGUCGGUGGAAACCCCGGCCCACUUGCGAAAUAUCGACUUAGAUAUAGAUCAACUUGCCGAGCCUCUGCGCUGGGACGAAAAUUCGUUCCAAUUUCGCUACAUUACAAAAUCAGGAGUCAGGGGGUCAUUUAGGCAGGGUGCCUCGCUCUUUAGUACUAGGAUGUCUGCGAACUUCUGGGUAGAGCUAGGCGACGAAGGCGACGCGGUUUUAAUUUUGGAUUGGCGCUCUGCUAUCGGGGGUCCCGAAGUGGAGGACGGACGCAGGCAUGGUGGGCAUGGUCGACAACAUCGACGGCACUAA